AUGUCCCAAGAUCCUGUACAACAUGUUGAAGUGGAAAAGGAUAAUGGAAACUGCGAAGGUUUUCUUACAAGGCCGGAACAACUAUCAAAUCCUUCACCCAUGCCCAAAAAUUCUUCACAAUAUGUCAAAGCGGCAAAGGAUGAUAAAAACUGCAAAGGUUUUCACACAAGGCCGAAACAACCAUCAAAUCCCAUGCCCCAAAAUUCUUCACAACAUGUUGAAGCGGAAAAAGAUGAUGGAUACCACAAAAGUUUUCAUAUAAGGCUGGAACAGCCAUCAAAUCCUUCACACAUGCCCCAAAAUUCUUCACAUGUUGAAGUGGCAAAGGUUGGUGGACAUUGCAAAAGCUCUCACAUAAGGCCGGAACAACCAUCAAAUCCUUCACACAUAACCCAAAAUUCUUCACAUAUUGAAGUGGCAAAGGAUAGUGGAAAUUGUACAAGCUCUCACAUAAGGCCAGAACAACUAUCAAAUCCUUCACGCGACAACACGACCUUUGUCGGGGAAAUGUCCCAAGAUCCUGUACAACAUGUUGAAGUGGAAAAGGAUAAUGAAAACUGCGAAGGUUUUCUUACAAGGCCGGAACAACUAUCAAAUCCUUCACCCAUGCCCAAAAAUUCUUCACAAUAUGUCAAAGCGACAAAGGAUGAUAAAAACUGCAAAGGUUUUCACACAAGGCCGAAACAACCAUCAAAUCCCAUGCCCCAAAAUUCUUCACAAUAUGUUGAAGCGGCAAAAGAUGUUGGAUACCACAAAAUUUUUCACAUAAGGCCGGAACAGCCAUCAAAUCCUUCACACAUGCCCCAAAAUUCUUCACAUGUUGAAGUGGCAAAGUUUGGUGGACAUUGCAAAAGCUCUCACAUAAGGCCGGAACAACCAUCAAAUCCUUCACACAUAACCCAAAAUUCUUCACAUGUUGAAGUGGCAAAGGAUAGUGGAAAUUGUACAAGCUCUCACAUAAGGCCAGAACAACUAUCAAAUCCUUCACGCGACAACACGACCUUUGUCGGGUGCACUACACAUCACAAACUAUGA